CCCCUUCUCAUCCACAGAUGGCUCAUUCAAUACUUCAUAUAGUGACUCUGUUACUCUUUACCGCAAUAAUAGUGGCACCUGCGACAUAUUCGUCAAAAUCUGACGAUAUUAAUGAAUGUGUUAUACCCGACACAAAUGAGUGCAGUAUGUAUGCAAAAUGCACCGAUACCAUUGGAAGUUAUGAGUGUACAUGUUCAGAAGGCUUUGCAGGAGACGGAUUUACAUGUCAUGAUGUUGAUGAGUGCUCCGAUCAGGAUAUAUUUCCAUGUCAUUCUGAGGCCUUUUGCAACAAUACUUUUGGCAGAUUUACAUGCACCUGUUUGACUGGGUACUCUGGAGAUGGAAUGACAUGCAAUGGCAAGUCAAUCCAUUAAGUGUAUCAAUUUUUUAAAUACCUUUUAGACAUAAACGAGUGUGAGCUGGACACAGACAUCUGUGACAACAAUGCAGAAUGCAUAAACACCAUCGGUUCUUACAACUGUAGCUGUGAAAUUGGUUAUUCUGGCAAUGGAUUCAACUGUACAGAUAUUGAUGAAUGCUAUGAAGGAUCAGAUCUGUGUGACUUGCAUGCAGACUGUACAAAUACCAUUGGAAGUUAUGAGUGUACAUGUUCAGAAGGUUUUGCAGGAGACGGAUUUACAUGUCAUGACAUGAAUGAGUGUGAGCUGGACACAGACAUCUGUGACAACAAUGCAGAAUGCACAAACACCAUCGGUUCUUACAACUGCAGCUGUGAAAUUGGUUAUUCUGGCAAUGGAUUCAACUGUACAGAUAUUGAUGAAUGCUAUGAAGGAUCAGAUCUGUGUGACUUGCAUGCAGACUGUACAAAUACCAUUGGCAGUCACCAAUGUUCCUGCACAGUUGGAUACACUGGGAACGGAAUUACUUGUGACUGCAGGGACGGGGAGGUUCUUCUGUAUGAUGGUAGUACACUCUCCACCAACCACUGCAAUGGAACUGUACUGGUUUGUCUGGACAAUGAGUAUGGUACUGUGUGUGAUGACUGGUGGGAUCCUCUGGAUGCCACUGUUGUGUGUACUCAGCUGGGAUUCUCAGCUACUGGCUCUCUGCCAGUGGUCCGCUCAGGUCUGGGCAGUCCUCCAAACAGAUCUAUCUUCCUGGACAAUGUGGUGUGUACUGGAGGAGAGGGCGACCUCACAGAGUGUGGCUACACCACCAUCACCAACUGUGACAGAUCUGAGGAAGCUGGAGUUAGAUGUGAAAGCACUUGUGUGGAUGGCGAUGUUAGACUUGCAAUUGAGAACCUAACUGAGUUUUAUACUUCAGUCACUGAGUACGAAGACUAUUAUUUCAUAAAAGAUGAAUUAGCAAGAGGCAAAGUUGAAGUUUGUAUUGAAGGGAAGUAUGGGACUAUUUGUGACAGCCAAUGGGGCGACAAGCUUGCCCCUGCUGUUAUCUGCUCUCAGCUUGGGUUCUCAUAUUUUGGGGCGAUACCUGUGUCUAGUGGUGCAUUUGGUGAUGAUAUUGAAUCAGCCGUCCUCUAUGACAUUGUUUGUUUGGGCAAUGAGACUAGAGUACUGGAUUGCUCCAUUUCCCCCUCUGGAACCUGCCCUGAACACAGUGCCGCUGUUAUUUGUCAAGAUUUAUCUACCUCAUCAUCAAAUUGUACUCACGGAGCGUUGAGAUUGUCUGGAGCUAUCACUAGUAACCAGGGCAGACUGGAAGUGUGUAUGAAGGGAGCAUGGGGCAGUGUCUGUGAUAGUCAAGGUGUGUUCAGCACAACUGAAGCUAAGGUUGCCUGCAGACAACUCGGAAAGUUACAAGUUGAAGACGAAGUUGGUGUUGUAGAUGUGACUCAGUUUUCUGGGGAUCCAGUUGGGCCGAUAUUCAUGGAUGAUAUUAGUUGUAAUGGUGAAGAGGAGACACUGUUAGACUGUGGGUUCACACUACUACAGAUGUGCAGUCACACACAUGACGUUGGUAUCAUCUGCCAUCCUGCAAGCGAGUGUGAAAUUCACAGUGCUGGCUGUGACCACUACUGUACUGAGACAAUAGAAAGCUACGCAUGCUCAUGCUAUGUUGGGUAUACUUUAGAUCUUGACGGGCACACGUGUGUUGACCUGGACAGUUGUUCAACUGGUGGUGAUGUUCGACUGGUGAUUGGCUCCACUGCCUAUGAGGGUCGAGUGGAGGUGUGCUCUAACAACACAUAUGGUACUGUCUGUGAUGACUCAUGGGAUGAACUUGAUGCCAGAGUCAUCUGCAGACAACUGGGAUAUAACCAUACUGAUGUGGUUCCUGUUAGGAAUGCUGGUUUUGGAAGUAGUAUCUCUCGUGAAAUUGUUCUUGAUGAUGUAACAUGUACUGGCAAUGAAGAGAAUAUACUGGACUGUUCCUAUGACUCUGUUAGUAACUGUGACCACUCAGAGGAUGCUGGGGUCAUCUGUGGUGCAGUCUGUCGCAGUGGAACAGUGAGACUGGCUAUUGGAGAUACGAAUGCAUUUUACCAGGGCCUUGAAGAUGUAGAAAACAGUUAUUUCAUAAAAGAUGAAUUGGCGAGGGGCAGAGUUGAAGUUUGCAUCGGGGGAAGAUAUGGCACAGUCUGUGACAAAUCCUGGGAUUUUGAGGACGCAUCUGUUGUAUGUUCACAGCUUGGAUUUUCAUCCAAUGGAGCAAUUGCUAUCAUUGGGGGUCAAUUCAGUAAUGCCUCAGUCUCAGUUGUGAUUGGCAGAGUAGAGUGUGUUGGCAAUGAGACUGGCCUGCUAGACUGUUCUCAUGUAACAGAGGCUCACGAGGAAGUGAUACACUGUGACCCUAUUAAAGUUGCAGCAAUCACCUGUAAUGAUCUUUCUACUGCGCUUGCCGACUGUGUAACGGGGGAAGUAAGAUUUGUAGACAUAUCGAACAACCCAGAAGAGGAUUCUCGACAGGGAACUAUCCAGAUCUGUGUCAACAAUGCAUGGGGUUCUGUGUGCAGUGAUGACUUCUUUGACAAUACGGAUGCUGCAGUCUUUUGCCAUCAGUUGGAAGGUUUCACAUCCAGUGGUGCAACGAAGCUCACAGCUUCAGUGAUAAGCAACAGUGUGGUUCCACUUUUUCUCAGUUCUUUAGAUUGCUCAGCGACACAUCAAUCACUGCUUCAUGACUGCUCUCAUGUAAAACUUGGUCUAGCAUCAUGUGAUGAGGACUUUGGUCUUGCAGUUGUCAAAUGCUUUGAUAUUGAUGAGUGUGCCGAGAACACUGACAACUGCUCUCAGAAUUGCUCUGACACUCUUGGUUGCUACCUGUGUGUCUGCUAUGAUGGAUACACUCUGGACUCUGACCAACACACAUGCAAUGAUGUAAAUGAAUGUGGGACCGGGACAGCAGAAUGCCACAGCAAUGCUACUUGCAUUAACACAGUUGGAUCAUACAUCUGUACAUGUGUCUAUGGAUAUGUUGGUGACGGAAAGAAUUGCACGAGGAUAAAUCUGUGUGAAGUAGGACUCACUGACUGCCACACUAAUGCUACCUGUCUGGACAGAGAUAGAGGCUAUGACUGUGAAUGUAAUGAUGGCUACACUGGCAAUGGAACACACUGUGAAGAUGUCGAUGAGUGUUCAACCGGAAAUAACUAUUGUCAUAUAAAUGCUACUUGCACUAACACUGAUGGAAGUUACUAUUGCCAAUGUCUUCCUGGUUUUCAUGGGGAUGGCUUCACUUGCACUAACAUAAAUGAGUGUGAGCUGGACACAGACAUCUGUGACAACAAUGCAGAAUGUACAAACACCAUCGGUUCUUACAACUGUAGCUGUGAAAUUGGUUAUUCUGGCAAUGGAUUCAACUGUACAGAUAUUGAUGAAUGCUAUGAAGGAUCAGAUCUGUGUGACUUGCAUGCAGACUGUGCAAAUACCAUUGGCAGUCACGAAUGUUCCUGCACAGUUGGAUACACUGGGAACGGGAUUACUUGUGACUGCAGGGACGGGGAGGUUCUUCUGUAUGACGGUAGUACACUCUCCACCAACCACUCCAAUGGAACUGUACUGGUUUGUCUGGACAAUGAGUAUGGUACUGUGUGUGAUGACUGGUGGGAUCCUCUGGAUGCCACUGUUGUGUGUACUCAGCUGGGAUUCUCAGCCUCUGGCUCUCUGCCAGUGGUCCGCUCUGGUCUGGGCAGUCCUCCAAACAGAUCUAUCUUCCUGGACAAUGUGGUGUGUACUGGAGGAGAGGGCAACCUCACAGAGUGUGGCUACACCACCAUCACCAACUGUGACAGAUCUGAGGAAGCUGGAGUUAGAUGUGAAAGCACUUGUGUGGAUGGCGAUGUUAGACUUGCAAUUGAGAACCUAACUGAGUUUUACACUUCAGUCACUGAGUACGAAGACUAUUACUUCAUAAAAGAUGAAUUGGCGAGGGGCAGAGUUGAAGUUUGCAUCGGGGGAAGAUAUGGUACAGUCUGUGACAAAUCCUGGGAUUUUGAGGAUGCAUCUGUUUUCUGUUCACAGCUUGGAUUUUCAUCCAAUGGAGCAAUUGCAAUCAUUGGAGGUCAAUUCAGUAAUGCCUCAGUCUCAGUUGUGAUUGGCAGAGUAGAGUGUGUUGGCAAUGAGACUGGCCUGCUAGACUGUUCUCAUGUAACAGAGGCUCACGAGGAAGUGAUACACUGUGACCCUAUUAAAGUUGCAGCAAUCACCUGUAAUGAUCUUUCUACUGCGCUUGCCGACUGUGUAACGGGGGAAGUAAGAUUUGUAGACAUAUCGAACAACCCAGAAGAGGAUUCUCGACAGGGAACUAUCCAGAUCUGUGUCAACAAUGCAUGGGGUUCUGUGUGCAGUGAUGACUUCUUUGACAAUACUGAUGCUGCAGCCUUUUGCAAGCAACUUCCAGGAUUUUCACCUGAUGACAUUGAUGAAUGUAUGGAGGGAGGAGCAAACUGCCAUUCUAAUGCCACUUGUACCAACACUGAUGGCUCAUACAACUGCACUUGUGUGUACGGAUACAUUGGAGAUGGAGUAAACUGCACAAGUGUGAAGACAUCUUCUAGGGAAACAGCAGCAAUAAUUGGAGUUGGAGUGGCUGGGACUGUACUAGGAAUCACUGCCAUACUAGUGCUUGUGGUGCUUAUUUACAUCAUCAAAAGAAGAUACAUCAAGUCUUGCAGAAGCCAGUCAAGGAUCAACAAUAAUUUUCCCCUCCAAGAACUAACAUUGAUUCAUGAUACAGAUACAGAAGCCUCGGUUCCCCACUCCCCCGGAAUUCCUCGGAACGAGGCUAACAUUAUGACAGCAGAAUCAGGGCUAGAUGACUUGGGUGGUAUAGAGAACGAUAACAUAGAACACCUCAAAACAGAUCUCGAUAGAAAAGGGAUGAUUGUCCCUAAGCAGCUUCUUGAACUUUCAUCUGUUGUUGGACAAGGAGAGUCAGGUCUGGUGUAUCGUGGCUAUAUUAACUAUGCCUCUGGCAAAGAACUUGUUGCUGUGAAAACAUGUAAAGCCUUAUCGUGGACAAGUGAUAUGGAGAGACUGAUGAAAGAAGUAUCUGUCAUGUUCUCUUUCCGUCACUGUAAUAUAAUGCCACUGAUUGGAGUGUGCUUUGAUAAAGGGGCUCCCCUAAUAAUUAUGCCCUUUAUGACGGGUGGAACUGUGUUGGAAUAUGUGAGACGACACAAAGAAAGCCUGCAUUGCACAUCUACCUCUGAAGUGAAAACUGCCAUGAACACGUGUCUGGGUAUGUGUCUUCAAAUCAGUAAGGGUAUGGCAUAUCUUACUGACCAGAGAUUUGUCCAUCGUGACCUUGCAGCAAGGAACUGCAUGAUUGAUAGGAAUGGUGUUGUUAAAGUGGCUGAUUUUGGACUAACAGAAGAUUUAUACAAAACUAAAUACCUCAGUGUCGAGGUAAGUGAUGAGAGACUGCCAAUCAGAUGGAUGGCCCCUGAAAGCAUCGAGAGCAACAUCUUUAACGAGAAAACUGAUGUUUGGUCAUAUGGAGUGACAUGUUGGGAGAUAUUCACAUGUGGAGGAGUACCUUAUGCUGGUAUUCAUCCUAUGAUUGUUCUAAGAGAGGUCGGAUCUGGCAAGAGAUUAGAAAGGCCCAGUAACCUUGCCUGCUAUGAUGAGAUGUAA